AUGGCGGUGCGCUGGCUAUGCAGCCUGUUCGGGAAGCCCUUUGAUGGUGGUAAGCGCAUGGAUCCCAGCACGCCUCAGUCUCCUCCACAGACACAGCCUCCUCCACCUGGUUUCUCCGUGCCGGCCUUCAUGGUCCCUGGGUUCAGUGCCCCUGGGUUCAGUGUCCCCGGGUUCAGUGUCCCUGGGUUUUCCCUGCAGCCUCACCCGGCCCUCACCCGCCUCGACCAGGUCCACAGGGAGGUGGCAGCCCUCGCUCCUCACGUCUGCUCCUUCAGCGGCCUCCAGCACGACCGCGAGUACAAGAGGCUGGAGAGAGAGCUAGCCAGGCUGCAGCUGGAAGUGGACCAGGUGGACACUGAGAGCCUGAUGGAGCUGCAGGCAGCUCGUAAGCGAGCAGCUCAGGAGGUGGAGGGCUUACUGCGGCACCUGGAGGAAAACGCCACACACCCACAACGUCUGACCAUCGAGGAGCUGAGCAACGAGGCUCGACACCUGGUGGAGCAGACCAUCGUUGCCCCCCAGAGGGCAGGAGGCGCUGCAGACAUUAGUGACGAGCUGGUAGAGGCGCUACAGGGACUGGUGCUGAGACUCACACAGGUGAAGACAGGAGGUCGUGUCCCGCUGAGAAAAGCUCGGUAUAGAGCCCUGACUCGUGUGUGCGCGGUGCAGGAGGUGAUAGAAGGCCGUACACAGCAGACUCUCUCUCUGCCACUGUCUGACGACACUCACCGAGCGGUCCACCACAUCAACACCAUCAUGGGCCAGGUGAGCGUGGCUCGGGUCCAGCUGGUCUCUCUCCUCAUGGGCCUCAGUGGGAGAGACAGUUGUGCUCACUUGUCUCGGAUCCUGACGGAGCUGCAGGGAGAGCUGGACGCUCUGGACGUCUCCAACAACACUGCAGUCCGCAACUACAGGAAGCAGGUGGUGGAGGAGAUCAACGGGCUGCUGAGACACCUGGACCUGGAGGAGGAGGGGGAGGAGACCAGGAGGUACGACUUGUCCCAGAAUGAGUCGAUCCGUGAGAUUGAGGGAGUGAGAUCAGAAGCGGCGCUGCUACGGGAGGGCAUCCUGAGGAGUUGCUUCAUGGGAGACUUUAGCUUCAGACCUAAAGCCGAGCUGCAGUCGCUGGUGUCGCACCUGGACCAGGUGGACACGGCCCGCAACCCCUGCAUCCGAGAGGCCCGGCGCAGGGCAGUGCUGGAGCUGCAGGCUGUCAUCGCCUUUCUGGACCUGCGGGAGGCGCUGACCUUCCGUCAGCCGUGCCCCUCGGAGCCCCCAGCCUACAGCAGUGUGUGGUCAGUGCUGGUCAGCCUGUCGGAGCUGCAGGCCCAGGUGCUGAGCUUCCAGGGCAGACGAGGAGAUAAGAACUUCCUGAUGCUGGAGGAGCUGCUGACCAAGCAGCUGCUGGCACUGGACGCCGUGGACCCACAGGGACACGAGCCCAGCAAGGUGUCCCGCAAGCAGGCCGUCAAGUAUGCCCAGAACAUCCUCAGCUACCUGGACAUGAAGACUGACGAGUGGGAGUACUGA